UUUGAAUCCUAUUUUUAAGCCUAUUGGUAGACUUUGUACAUAACUCAUAAAAGCCUCAAGGUCCACCGGUUUAAUUACAUUGAAAUUCAUGGGUUAAGUGGGCUCCAUGUUUCCCCACAGAACAUAAAAAAGUGAUCCUUAUUGGAGACCACGUCUCUGCAACAUGGUACCAACCAAAUCACAAUGUCUAAUAACAUUCCAUCUUACUAACAAAGUCUUCCUUGGUCUUUAAACCCUUGACUGGUUCUAAACACAGCUCAUAAUAUGUCUAUUUAGUAUUUACACAUUCGUUUAAGACAGCUCUUAAAAGGUCUCUCUAGCUUCAUGCCAACCAUCUAAACCACCAUUAAUGUUCCUCUGCCCAUUUCCAAGAAAUUAGAGCUUAUUUUUCUCUAAUUUCUUAAUCGUCGCCAUGAACGAUCUAAUCUCUAGUUCAUUCAAGAGAUACACAGACUUAAACCACCAAGUCCAACUCGAUGACAUCGAGUCUCAAAAUGUUUCUCUCGAUUCAGGCAACCUCGAUGAGUUCUUUGGAUAUGUCGAGAGUGUCAAAGAAGACAUGAAAGCUGUCGACGAGAUUCAUAAGCGUCUCCAAGAUGCUAAUGAAGAGUCCAAGACCGUACAUGACUCCAAGGCCGUUAAAAAGCUUCGUGCUCGUAUGGAUUCGAAUGUUACAGAGGUCUUGAAACGUGUCAAGAUGAUAAAGUCGAAGCUUGUGGCUUUGGAGAAAUCAAAUGCUGCGCAGAGGAAAGUCGCUGGUUGUGGUCCUGGCUCGUCUGCUGAUCGGACAAGAACAUCGGUCGUUAGUGGAUUGGGGAAGAAGCUUAAAGACAUGAUGGAUGAUUUUCAGAGACUAAGAACCAAAAUGGCUACUGAGUAUAAAGAAACAGUUGAGAGACGGUACUUCACUGUAACGGGGCAAAAAGCGGAUGAAGAGACAGUCGAGAAGCUCAUAUCGAGCGGAGAGAGUGAACGUUUUCUCCAAAAAGCAAUACAAGAGCAAGGUCGCGGACAAAUAAUGGACACAUUAUCAGAGAUUCAAGAACGACACGACACAGUUAAAGAGAUAGAACGGAGUCUGUUAGAGCUGCACCAAGUGUUCCUCGACAUGGCUGCUCUUGUUGAAGCUCAAGGGAAUAUGCUCAACGACAUCGAAUCAAAUGUCUCAAAGGCGAGCUCUUUCGUCAUGAGAGGGACUGAUCAAUUGCACGGGGCUAAAGUACUUCAGAGGAACUCAAGGAAAUGGACUUGUAUUGCCAUUAUCCUCGCUAUUGUACUUGUUAUUGUGAUUCUUUUCCCAAUCCUCUAUACCAAUGUACUUAAACCUUGAUUUCAAAAGGCAACUUCUUGUUUUCUUCAAACUCUUUUUGUUAGAGCCCUUUCAAUUUCUUGUAUUGAAUCCAGAGCUGAAGCGAGAGUUUAAUUUAAAGCUCUCUCUAACCAUUCUUGC